ACACAUGGCUCUUUGGGGGAAGUAAAUACUUAAGUAUUUUGAGACUUUGUUUAGUCUCUGCCUCUUGUUUUGUCUGUGUCGCAGAACUUUGUCUGCGCCUGCCUAGCAUUUUUGGGCUUCAUAUGCAGAUAUUUCGGCGCAUUUAGAGCGUUCGAUGUUCGAAUCUCUUCUGGAGGCUCACCUUUUAAUCGACUAAGUUCCUAAAAACGCGUUAAUACACAACUCACCGACUCAACGGACCAAGAACUGUCUUUUUCGAAUAUUUUCGACUCCUUCAGGUUGAAUCAGAUCAAGAAUGCUGAAGACGCAAUGGAUCCCCUAGUUCACUUGAGCCCACUGAGAGUCCGAAUCUCUGCUCUCCCACACCCCACGCGCCCACCUCGUCCCUGGGCACCCGACCCUGCGCCUUUCACCAUCUCCUGGAAGAGGGAAUAGUUUUCAUACCAACACACGGGAGAAAGGUGAAACCUUCCUGUGUAAAUAUGACUGGAUGGAGGUCUCAGUGGCAUCUGGUCCUGCUCAACUCGCUGACAUGUGGCCUGGAGAUCUGCGUGGCAGCUGGGAUCACCUACGUGCCUCCUCUGUUGCUGGAGGCUGGCGUGGAGGAACAGUACAUGACAAUGGUUUUAGGUAUUGGACCUGUCCUGGGACUUCUCUUCAUCCCCCUGAUUGGCUCAGCCAGCGAUCACUGCAACAGCAGCUAUGGCCGACGACGACCCUUCAUAUGGUUGCUGUCAUUGGGAGUUCUCCUUGCCCUUUUUAUCAUACCAAAUGCUGACGUGUUAGCUGCCAACCUGAGCUGGGGCAGCACCCGACGUAACCAGGCUCUCCAGGUGGGCCUGCUCAUCCUAGGCGUGGGCCUAUUGGACUUCUGCGGACAGGUGUGCUUUACGCCACUGGAGGCGUUACUCUCGGACCUCUACCGUGAACGGGAUGACUGCGGACAGGCUUUCGCUAUGUUCUCCUUCAUGGUAAGCCUUGGAGGUUGCAUAGGCUAUUUGCUACCUGCCCUAGACUGGAGCGGUGGGCUACUUUCCCUCUACCUGGGUGGUCAGGCUGAGUGCUUGUUCUCCCUCCUCAUCCUCAUCUUCGUGGUCAGCGUGUUAGUGACCAUGAAGGUGUCCGAGGAACCCUCAUCCACCCUGGAACCGGUGCUGUCGGAGCCUGGACAGUGUUUUCCACGCUCAUGCUGCUAUCUGUUUCAGUGUAAGCUGCGGACUCUGAAGUCUGGCCCACUCAUGUGCCUGCUCAGGACUUGCUGGUCCAUGACACCGGCCAUUUAUCGCAGCUACUGCCAUGUGCCACGUGUCAUGCGACAGCUGUGUUUGGCACAGCUCUGCAGCUGGAUGGGUGUCAUGUCCUUCAUGCUCUUCUACACAGAUUUUGUCGGCGAGGGACUGUACGAAGGAGUUCCCAGUGCCGCUCCUGGUUCCAUUCUCAGGCAACGCUAUGAUGAAGGUAUCCGUAUGGGCAGCCUGGGCCUGUUCCUGCAGUGCGCUACCUCAACCUUCUUCUCGCUGGUCAUGAGCAGGCUGGUGCAUCUCUUUGGGUCCAGGGUGGUCUAUUUGAGCAGCAUGGUGUGUUUCACCAUCUCCGCUCUGGUCAUCUGCUUGUCCAAGAGUGUCCUGUUGGUCACGGCUAUGUCGGCCCUCACUGGCUUUGCCUAUGCGACGCUGCAGACACUGCCUUACACGCUUACCUGCCUCUACCACAAAGAGAAAGAGGUGUACAUGCAAAGCAGCAAAACCAAAAAAGUGCACACAAAUGGAUUCACCAUCACAAGGGAUUCUGUUUGUCUGACACUAAACAACGGCCCUGGAGAUCUCAACCACAAGAGUGAGAUUUCCAAUGGGCAUGUUUCUUACAGUGGAGAUGAACCAGAGUAUUACCCACCUCUGCAUCAGAACGGUGCCGCCCUAGGUCUGGAGUCAGAGGAUUUUGGGAAACGUGGGGUGGGACUGGACUUUGCCAUUCUGGACAGCACCUUCCUUCUCUCUCAGGUCUUCCCUACCCUCUUCAUGGGCAUGAUCGUCCAGUUCACAGAGUCCGUCACCGUGUACAUCGCCUCCUCUGCCAUCUUUAGUGCCAUUGGCAUCUAUUUUGCCACCCACAUCAUCUUUGACCAAAAGGACCUCAGAAGCUGAAAGCAGCAGUAAUCAUGUCAUGCUUGCUUUGAGGAUUAAUUGUGCUUAUCUCUAUGGGACCCAUGGACACAUCAAAAUGGACUUGAUGUAAUUCCUGUUGUAUUAUAAAGACGCUUUGUAAAGAACUAUUUUAUUGUAUGUGUAAUUUUAUAUUGAUAAUAUAUACAUAUAUUUAUAUCCCUAUGGGAAUUUAAAAGCAACCCGUUUUGGCGAGGUCUGUAUUUAUGUAAUACUAUAACCUUGUUUGACUUGUUUGUCAAACAAAAGUGUCUUAAUUUUUGUAUAUAUAUAUUACUUUAAUAUGACUAAUAACACAAUAUUGUUAUGUAUAAAAUCUCAAUCUGGUGGUCAAAUGACAAUCUGGUGUAGUUUUCUACAGGUAACAUUACACACAGACCUAGGCUAUCUAUUCAAAGUGUUGCGAACCAUCAUCAACAAUAUGACUUUUCUAUUUUGUGGCCGAGUUAUAGUAAGUUACUUUUAAAAACUGUAAAAAAAAAAAAAAAAAAAUGUUUUAAGUAAUGCAUCUGUAAGUACACUCACCAUUGCUCAGAGUGUGUGUGUAGAGCUUUAUAUGUAUGAGUGAUAUGGGGUUUGACUUUGUUAAACAUUUUCCAAAUUCUCAGGAUACAUUUCUUGUCCAGUUGUAGAAUCAUCAGUCCAGUCACAACACAAUGAACUAAUAAAAGAGGUACUGAUAUUU